GUAAAAGCUUCACGACACCGAAAUAAAAUCCAUCCUCAGCUCAUCGUCGAACUAAACAGUUCCUCUCGAAGGUCCUAGUCCACGGCCUUCUCAUAUGAAUGUCAGUUGAAAGAAAGACUGCUCAAAAGCCUCAACAUCCGAGAGAGCAGUAAGAACGUAGGCUACCAACCACCACAGGUUGAAGAAGAGGUCGGUAUUCUUCUUUUCUCCCUCCAUUUCCAGAAUUUUAUCCAGUCUAUCUUCCUCUCCUAAGAUGCCCUCCGCUCUUCAGAAGCCGUCUAGGACGGCCAUAUUGUUCCAGAACGAGACCUGCGACGUCACCCUCAUAGAUAUCCCAGCAUCCAUUGCCAUUGCUCAAGGCCGACCUGAUGCCAUUAUUCGGUCUACUCCGGCCCUUGAAGAACCCUUCAAUAAUCUGCCCCAUGAGCCGAAGACCAAAAGGGCAAAGGAGAAGCUUUCAAUUUAUGCUUCCAGUCCUUUGCAUCAGGAAUAUAAGAGCAUAAUAGAGGGCGCGCUUUCUCGUAUCCACGAGCACGUGAACGCGCUACCUUGGUGUCUCCCGCGCACAUUGGUAGCCCAGGAACCAACGCGCAGGAAUUCCGACAUGGAAGUGGACGACCCAGAAGAUGAGCUCGACGCACGGCUGACACAGUGGAGCGCAGCCCAAAGCAUGGGCGAAGCGAAUCAGUCCAACCUCGAGAAGAUGAUGGCUACGCUCGGCACGAUAUCCGAACCCGAUGCAACGCUGAUCCAGAAUACUUCACAUCCAUGGUUGAUGUCAUACAGCCCGAUACACAAACAUUCGGGAGAACCAGAGGCUGGCGAGGAGGUUGCACAAAAGGAGCCGUGGCAGUCCUCGUUCUAUAACGCGAACAAUUACCCAGUGUACCUAACCGUUUACGAGAACGUACCACACCUAAGCGCCGCCUCCAAAUACAGAUUUAUUGUGCCAUCACGUUCGAGUCUAUUCUUGAGCGACUCUACCCAUUCGGAUGCGUUCCGUGCAUCGUUCCGCGAAUUGACCGCCGAAUAUGUUCUGCCGCGUCACUUCGAUUUCAUUCUGCUGGAUCCACCGUGGCCGAGCGGUUCUGUCAAGCGCAAAGGCAACUAUGAGCAAGUUGGAGGGAUGCCAUAUAUGAAGAAGAUGCUCAUGUCUAUGGACAUUGACAACUAUAUUGAACACAACGGCCUGGUCGGCAUCUGGGUCACCAACAAACAAUCCCUUCGAGAUCAUGUGCUUGGCCCGGGCGGCCUCUUCGAGCAGUGGAACGUAGGCCUAAUUGAGGAGUGGAUCUGGAUCAAAACCACAAUCAAGGGAGAGCCAAUGUUCAGUCUAGGCAGCGAGUGGAGAAAACCGUAUGAGGUACUACUCCUUGGCAGAGCAGCUCCCAAUUCCUGGACGACAAUGACAGCCGCACCUGAGAUCAAGAGACGGGUGAUUGCGGCCGUUCCGGAUAUUCACUCACGGAAGCCAUGCUUGAAAGAGUUGAUUGAGCCAUUCAUGCCCGGACCGGACUACUGUGCACUGGAGAUCUUUGCUCGAUAUCUGGUUGCUGGCUGGACUUCCUGGGGCAACGAAGUACUCAAAUUCAAUUGGGAAGAGUAUUGGGCUCCAUGGGCGCCGGGUGCUCGAAGUCCCUCUCCAUAUACGUAACCUUUGGUGUGGCGCUCUACUGCUUCAAGUACGUAGUACCCACUUGGUAGCCACAACCAGAUGGAGGCCGCGCAUUCAUCACUUGGACGCCCGACGGUGACCAUCCUUCAACUGCUCUACAUAUCCCGAUGUCGUGUGGCCUUGGAACCUACCCCCUACCACGGAACAGGAGGAACUACAAUAAAGUCACGUUUUGGGGGUUCUGUGAUUAUUUCCGGCAUGAGACAUAAUUUCUUGGGGCGGAUUUUCUCACUUGCGACAUACCGAGUUGCUAUGGCCCGAGGGAAAAAUGGGGCAUCACGGGAUGAACUUCAUGCAGGGACUGUGGAGGAACUGAAAGGUCCACUUUUGGGGCGCGAUGGAGUGGGGCCAGUGGCCUACCAUGGGACGUGGGGUCGUGGAGAU